AUGGAGAUGCCAGAUGGGACAACAGACAUCGUCCAUCCCGAAGUACGGGCACACAUCAACAGCUUAGUCUCCGCUCUCGGUGGCAUCAGCGCAGAUGACGACGGACGCUACAACCUGGGAGACGACGCUCUCGAGGUCCUCCGCGACUUGAAGAAAUGGAUACGGUUUUACGACGAGAAGACGAACCGCAUGGACGUCGCACGAUGCAUCGCGGAAGCCAACCUGAUCGAUGGCGACCUGCUUCCCAUCCUGGCGACAUGGCCUGAAAAUUCCACCGACAACAAGUUUAGAUCGAGGAUCGCACUCGCGUGCUUCGAAAUCAUGGUGCCGCUGACGUGGCCCAUGGAGCGCGAUCCCGAGCAGACGACAGUCAACCAUCACCGACACAUGCCCGCCCUGCAGCUCGCACAAGUCGGCUACAAACGAUCCAUCAUCAACUUUGACGGUGCGCGGAUCCUGCACGCCGCAGCCAGGGUUGCCCUCCCGGCCAUGGCCGCGCCGAUUGGGGAGCGCGCCCCGCGAGACCAGGGCAUCAUCAAGCUGGUGCUCUUCUUCUUGAGGAAUGUCGCCAUGAUCGAGCCCCAGCCAAACGUCAAAUAUGAGGGCGAGGAGUCACAGAUCUCUCGCUCGGCUACGAUUGACGCCUUCUCCUACCAAGACAUCUUCAUGGUCCUCCUGACCAUCGCAUCCAACAUGGGCGAGGACUUCCGGACCGAGGACGUGACCAUCAUGGAGAUCAUCUACCAUCUCGUCAAGCGCGUUGACGUCAAAAAGCUGUUCAUGAGUGAGCAGCAGGUGAACAAGGCCAAGGCGGAUGAGCUGUCGGUCAUGAUGGGCAAGGAGAACGCAAUGCUCAAGGCCCAGAACCGCAAGGGGCCCACACGUCACAACCGCUUCGGCACGGUCAUCUGGGUGAAGCGCGCCGACGGCAAGAUGACUGCAGUCUCCGGACAGGAAGCUCUGGUGGAUGUGGCCUCGAGGCGGAAGAAGAUGGACGAGACGAAAAAGUUCAAGCCGCCCCGCAAGGCCAGGUCAAAGACGGACUCGCACAUGAAGGAUCUAGGCGAGCUGCCGAAGCUGGAUGCUCGUGCCUACUCGCAGCUGAGGAGUUUUGUCGAGGAAUUCCUGGAUGCCGGCUUCAACCCCUUAUUUGAGCAUGUCAGAAAGUCCAUCGACCGCGAGGCCUCACACGUGCUGUCAUACCACCGGAGACAGUUUCUGUAUCUGGUGGCGUGGUUCUUGGAGGCGGAGCGAACCCGGAAGAGCUCGCAGCGCGCUUCUGCGCCGAAGAAUUCGGCAGAGGAAGUCAGCAGCUUCAACUUGGUCGCCGCCGUCCUCAACCAGUCCACCUUUAUCACUCUCAACAGGACCAUGACCCAGGCCUGGGAGCAUAAGGACUGGCCAGAAUUGACCGCCUCAAUGAGGUGUCUCACGCAGAUCCUGCUGACGGUGCAGGAGAUGUCCCAUUCGCCCAACGAGGACGACCAGGAGAUCGCGGAGAAUACACUGAGCCGUCUGUUCUACGAAGACGCCAUGCACGAUCUGAUAGCCAACGUCGUGAGACAGUACAAGGAGCAGGGUUUCGACUAUCUCGAUGCCGCCACGGAGCUGACACAUCACUUCCUACGCAUCUUGGAGGCAUACUCAAAACAAAACGUGGACAUGCAAGUCCGGUCUCGGCGGAGGACGAGGCGCAAGAAGAAGGCGGCCAAAGAAGCGUCGGCCGAUGGCGAGGGCGACGAAGACGAAGCCGAUGAUUCCGGGGACGACGAGAAGAACGCCGAGCUGACCACCAAGGAGCGCAAGUUCGACUUUCAGCGGUUCAGCGCCCGCUUCACGCCACAAGGCGUCGUCGACACGUUUGUGGCAUUCACCAAGUUUUACAAAGAUCUCAGCGACGAGCAACUUAAGCGCGCCCACCGCUACUUCUACCGCGUGGCCUUCAAGCACGACGCGAGCGUCAUGCUGUUCCGCGUGGACAUUGUCCACCUCCUCCACGAGAUGGUCAAGGGCCCUGAACCUCUGGACAAGGCGUCGAGCAUGUACAAGGAGUGGGAGGAGCUGGCGAAGCAGAUCCUGCGCAAGUGCUUCAAGAAGAUCGACGAGAGGCCGGCCCUCCUCAUCGAGAUGCUCUUCUCCAAGAUUAGCAGCACGGCGCACUACCUCGAAUACGGCUUUGAGAAGCAGACAAUCUCAACGUCAAGGCCCCGACCCGCAGCUGAUCUCGAGUUCAAGUACACCGAGGACCGCGAGCAGCAGAUGGCCAUUGCCGUUGGUGUGCUUCUCGACAAGAGCCAGUCGGACCACAUCGCGUGGGUCAAGAAGAUCCUCACCAACGCCGAGCAGGAGCGCCGCGCUCUCGCGGCAGCAGAAGAGAUCCUCCCCUCCGUCGAGGCAACGGGCGACAACGACGAGCCGGUCGACAAGCCAGCAGACAGCUUCAUGCCGUACACUGCCCGUCCCGACAACGAUGCCCGCCAGGCAGCCAUGUUCAAGAAUGCCCACCUCCGCCUCCUCAUGCGCCUCGCGGGGCUCGAGCGUCACGCUCCCGCCAUCGACGAGUCUCCCGACAGCCUCUGGGUCGUCCCCGCGUCGGCGACCCCGGACCAACUGCGCGAGACGCUCGAUCUUAUCAACAAGGCCGAGUUCAGCCCGCCCGUCUUCGAAGAGGGCGUCCUCGCCGAGCACCAGCUCCGCCGCAAGACGGCCACGCGCAAAAAGGCGCAGUACGACGACGACGACGGCGAGGGCGAGGACGACGACGACGAAGAAGAAGACGGCGACGUCGCCAACGCAGCCCUCUUCCCCGCCGGCGGACCGACAGAGCGCAAGGUCGUCGACGGCAAGAAGAAGAAGAAGAACAAGACAAGGCAUGUCCGCAAACGCCGCGAACGGGACCCGGAUGCCUCGGGCUCCGACGACGAUGACGAAGCGGCCCGGGACCGAGCGCGCGCCCGCCGCGAGAGGGAGAGGGCCAAGCUGGAGAAGAUCAAGUCGCAGCUCUACGUCGCGGCGAGCGACGACGAGACGGACGACGAGCGCGAUGCCGCCUUCUUCGCGCGCGAGGAGGCGCAGCGCAAGAGGAUGGCCAAGGCCGCCGCCGCCGGGGUGGACGUGUCCGAGGUCGCUGUGCCGGCGGCGAGGAAGGAGCCGCAGUUGAUAGCGGUGGGUGAUGACGAUGACGACGAUGUUCUGCUUGCCGAUAUCCACGGGGCGGGGACAGAUGAGGAGAAUGAAGACGACAAUGGUGAAGAGCCGUCUGCGUCGUCAAGCCAAGAGGGUAGGAAGCGGAAAGGGUCUGGGGUCGUGGAUGCUGACGGUGACGUCGAAAUGGACGACGAGGAUGAAGAUGACCUGCCAGUGCCGAGCGCGAGGCCGCGGAAAAGGAUCAAGGGCGGGUUUGUCAUGGAAAGCAGCGAUGAGGAAUAG